AUUGUACAGAGUACAUUGUACAAACGACGCUUGCCUAUGGAACUUCCAGUACGAUGGACUUGAGGAUGGGCUUCUCAAUAUGGGGACGUAUAUGGUCAGCCAUAAACUGUUGAGGCGUUUUAUGAUAAGCUUCCGUCAUGGUCGGAUGCCUAUCUACGUUUUCCACACGAUUUACGUACGGGAAAAACGCGACGAAGGUCUUUCAUGUGAGAUUAGCACGUUCUCAUAUAACAAAUUUAAAGAUGCGUGGUACAGUUACCUGGAAUUGCUGGACAUUGAUAUCGACCAAGGGUUUGGCUGCGAAAUUUGUAAAAACGCCUCAGACAUUGUUUUAAUGGAUGCAACAUCCCUUUCUUUUCGGAAAGAACUAACGCAUUGGCGCUCAUUUCUUGUCGAAGUUGAGCAAACAAAGGAGCCGGUGAUACCUAGAUAUUCAAAAUUCGAAAACAGAAUAAUGGUAAGCAAUAACACUUGUCGUUCUCUUUUGCUUCGCUACGUCGACAACAGAAGAAGGAAAAGCAAGCGCCUAAAUAUGGAUGAGUAUGACGAAAUGUUGGAAAUGUUGGAAGAUUUGCAUCCUUCGAUUUUUUUAUUAAUAAAGUACCUUGAGCAUUCAUGCACAGACAUGGAUCACGAUUAUUGGGAAAGUGCAGUCAAAGGUCAUAGAUCGCAGCCAUACUGUUGCCCGAAAGCAUGGGCCCCCUUCGUUGAAGCACUUGCUGUCGCCACUCCUGUUGCCGGUAUUAUACAUCAGGACUCAGAGUUACAGAAUGGCUUGGGUAAUUUUGUAUCGGAAGGAGGGAUUGUUGAUAGAAAGGUACUGGAUAUCAUGAAAAGGAAAUUUCCAGUAUUGUAUGACCUUGUCACAUCGCUGCAAGAUUUCAAAUGCCCAGAGCCACUUUUAAGCGUUCUCCAGCUGAUGGUUGAGAAAUCCAGGAACCCGUUCUUGAGGCAGCCCAAAAAUCAAGCUGAAAGCUUACGUGUGUCAAGAGAAAAAAACGAAGCAUCGUCCAGUAUUGCACAUUGGCCUGACCUGCCACAGAAGCGACACCGUGGACGCUACCAAAUAGAUCAAAACCGGGUUUCGAAAAAGCAAAACGUUUGCACCAAGACCAGUCGCGGCCACCCGAGUUUAUUGCCAGGGGUAUUCACUUUGUUUUGCAAUCAUGAAAUAUGUUACGGAUUUGAAGUCAUGACAACAAGUGAAUCACCAGAAGUUCCGUUCAAUGUGUUAUUCACCCACUUUGAGAAAGCGCCAAAAGUUGUGAUUUAUGACAACGCUUGCAAUUUGCACGAAUAUUGCUUGAAUCGACAGCCUUCAUUUUUCCAAGAGACAAGGUUUCUUGUCGAUAGGCUUCAUUGGAAAAACCAUUCAGGGUGCAGCGAAGGGUACAACAUGGACAGGUACCUAGACUUGAAAGGUAUCAAUAGUCAGACUAACAUUUACUUGCAUUUUCCGAGGAGUUUUUUAAUUGCUGUUUUUGUGGGCCGGUUUGAUCAAAAUUUGCCCGGGCCAAAAAAAUUAGCCAGUCCGCCCCUGAGGAUGGCCGAGCACCUAAGAAAGCAACAAGAGAUGGAAGAUACAGACAGCAAUUACCCACACAAUUAUGGGCAAAUAACAAAAGAAAGUGUUGCAACCAAGCUAAAGGUGAUUCGGCAAAAAUAUAGAGCUGCUGUCGAUUCAGGGAAGAAAAGUUGACAUGGCAGUAUGGAACGCCAUGACUGCCUUAUGUUAUGCACUAAAAUUGUGUUGUGUCACCUAAUCAUUGCCUUCUGUCACAUUCUCAUAGGACUAUGACAAUUAAUCAUUCAAUUAGGUCAUCAUAGGAGUUCUUUGUUUGCAUUUCAUGGACCACCAUGUGCUCCUUUCGUCCUGUGCUGUUAUUUUGAGCAACGAUCAUGUCUUCUCUAUGUUACGUUAUGUCAUUGUAGCAUCCAAGUGUGCCCAAAAACCAUUGCUUUAUGUUGCAGUAUCAAUGAACUGUUCUAUUUAAUCAUUACAUUAUACUAUUUCACCAUUAUACUACUUCAUCAUUACAUCAUACUAUUUCAUCAUUACAUUAUACUAUUUCACCAUUAUACUACUUCAUCAUUACAUUAUACUAUUUCAUCAUUACAUUAUACUA